AUGGCAGAUUCACCGAUGUCAUUUUCCUUCUUUUCUGAAUUUGGACUGCUAUUUUAUUUGGAGGAGCUGAACAAUGAGGAAUUAAAUAAAUUCAAGUUACUCCUAAAGGAGACCAUAGAACCUGGGUGCUGCCCAAUACCAUGGACUGCAGUGAAGAAGGCCAAGCGGGAGGAACUGGCUUGCUUGAUGAACAAACACUAUCCAGGAGAGCAGGCCUGGAAAAUGACUCUCAAAAUCUUUGGCAAGAUGAACCUAAGGGAUCUGUGUAAACGAGCAAAAGCAGAGCUCAACUGGCAAAUGCAGACCAUGAAGUCAGAGGAUGUUGAGGCCAUAAAAGAGGAUCAUGGUGAUGAGGAGGCAAUGCUGGGUGAUAGAGCAGAUUACAGAACUCAAAUAAAGGAAAAAUUUUGCAUCACAUGGAAUAAGACCUCUUUGCUUGGAGAAUCUGCAGAUUUCAAUUAUGGAAUUACUCAGAAAAACAGAAAACUGUUGGAACAUGCAUUUGAUGUGAAUGUCAAAACUCAUAAAAUGCCAAAGAUAGUGUUGCUUCUGGGAGCUGCUGGAAUUGGGAAAACAACAUUGUUGAGAAAGGUAAUGGUAGACUGGGCAGAGGGCAAUCUCUACCACCAGUUCACCUAUGUUUUUUAUCUCAAUGGGAGAGAAAUUAGCCAACUGAAGGAGAGAAGCUUCGCACAGCUAAUAUCAAAGGACUGGCCCAGCACUGAAAUCCCCAUUGAAAAGAUCCUGUCCCAGCCAAGCAGUAUUCUUUUUAUUAUUGAUAGUUUUGAUGAACUGAACUUUGCCUUUGAAGAACCAGAGUUUGCACUGUGUGGAGAUUGGACCCAGGAACACCCAGUGUCCUUCCUCAUGAGUAGUUUGCUGAGGAAGGUGAUGCUCCCUGAAUCAUUCUUACUAGUGACAACAAGAAUCACGACUUUGAACAGACUCCAUCCUUUGUUGAAGAAACCUCUUUCUGUAAGGCUAAAAGAACUGUGUAAGAAUGCAAGAAUGGACUAUAUUCACCAGUUUUUGAAAGGUAAGACAUGGGCCACGAAUGCAGCCCGUUCAAUAAGAAAGAAUGCAAGGCUUUUCAGCAUGUGCCGUAUCCCCCUUGUGUGCUGGCUGGUUUGCACUUCUCUGAAGCAGCAGGUGGAGAAGGGUGGCAGUGUUGCAGAGACCUGCCAAACCACCACGGCUCUGUUUACCUGCUACAUCUGCAGCUUAUUUCCACGGGUAGACGGGCACUCUGCUAAUCUGCCCAAUGAAACCGUGCUGAGGAGCUUGUGCCAGGCUGCUGCCAAUGGCAUUUGGACUAUGACACAUGUACUCUACAGAGACAGUCUCAGAAAGCAUGAGUUAACCAGAUCUGACAUCUCAGUUUUUCUAGAGGCAAAUGUUCUUCAAAAGGACACAGAGUGUGAAAACUGCUAUGUGUUCACUCACCUCCAUGUUCAGGAGUUUUUUGCAGCUAUGUUCUAUUUGUUGAGGGAUAAUCUGGAAGGAGUAGACUAUCCCUUCCAACUUUUUGAAAAUUUGAAUGUGUUACUUCAGAGUGAACAUUAUCACCACCCUCAUUUGGCACAGAUGAAAUGCUUUUUGUUUGGCCUUUUGAAUAAAGAUAGAAUAAAACAGCUGGAGGAAACUUUCAACAUUACGAUAUCACUGGAGAUAAAAAAGGAGUUACUUCAGUGUUUGGAACUAUUGGGAAAUGAUGACUCUUUCCCAUCUCAGCUAAGACUUGAGGAUUUGUUUCACUGUCUGUAUGAGAUUCAAGAUGAAGUAUUUACAACCCAGGCGAUGAGCUAUUUCCCAAAGGUUACCAUUAAAAUUUCCGAAGAAAUAAAUUUGCUUGUAUUUUCAUUCUGUCUUAAGCUCUCAGAGUGCUUACAGACCAUUAAAUUGACUGUAACUGCACUGUUGGACACCAUUUUCCACUCCUACCCCACAUGUGACACUUGGCAAGAAGAUGUUGAUCGUGUUACCCACGGCUGGCAAGAUCUCUUUUCUGCGCUUCAUAACAAUGAAGAUCUGAGAGAAUUGUGUCUGUAUGACAGCACCUUUGAUGAAUUAAUGAUGAAUAUUUUAAGUCAAGAACUAAGGCACCCAAACUGUAAACUACAAAAACUAGUGUUGAGGGCUGUCAAUUUCCUGGAUUACUCUCAGGAUUUUAGUUUUCUGCCUCACAACCAGAAUCUGAUACAUCUCGACCUGAAAGAUAUGGACAUGCAGGACAAGGGAUUAAAAUCCUUAUGUGAUGCCUUGAAAUGCCUAACAUGUGAACUCCAGAAACUGAGGUUGACAUGCUGUGACCUGAAGCCAAUUCACUGUCUACAUCUCUCCGAGGCGCUCAUAAGAAACAAGAGGCUGGUGUUUCUAAAUCUGUCGACCAAUAAUCUUUCAGAUGAUGGAGUGAAGUUGUUGUGUAAGGCCUUAGAACAUCCAGACUGUUGCCUAGAAAGACUGUCCUUAGCAAACUCUGGCCUCACAAAAGUUGGCUGUGAGGAUCUUUCUUUGGCACUGAUCAGCAACAAGAGGCUGACGCAUUUAUGCUUGGCAGACAACUUCUUGGGAGAUGAUGGAAUAACGCUUAUCAGUGAUGCCUUGAAAUACCCACAGUGUACUCUGAAGAGCCUUGUACUGAGGAGUUGCCAUUUCACUCCACUGGGCAGUGAGUAUCUCUCUACUUCUCUUCUACACAACAAGAGCCUCACACAUCUGGACCUUGGGUCAAACAGCCUUCAAGACAGUGGAGCAAAGCUUCUGUUUCACGUCCUCCAGCAGCGAACCUGCAAUCUUCAGGAGUUGGAAUUGAUGGGUUGUAUUCUCACUAGUGAAUGUUGUGUAGAUCUUGUUUCUGCUCUUGUGAACAACCCAAACCUGUGUAGCCUACAGCUUGGGAACAACAACUUGAAGGACACUGGUGUGCAUAUUCUGUGUGAUGCUUUAAGAAAUCCAAAUUGCAAUAUUCAGAGGCUAGGGUUGGAACAUUGUGGUCUGACCUCUGCCUGCUGUCAGGAUCUCUCCACUUCUCUGCAUGGCAACCAAAAAUUGUUAAGAAUAAACCUGACAAAGAACACCUUAGGGUAUGAAGGAAUUAGAAAUUUAUGUGAAGUCUUGGGUUCUCCGGAAUGCAAACUGGAAGUUCUAGGGUUGGACAAAGAGAAGGUUGAUGAGAAGGCAAAGAAGCUUCUAGAAGCUGUAAGAGUUAACAAUCCACUCUUGGUCAUUAAGUCACAUUAUGAUAAUGAAGGCAGCGGGUGCUGGUGGCAGUAUUUCUGA